GACAAAAAAAAAAAAAAAACUCCAUUAAACAAAACCUCUCUCUCUCUCUCACGCUCUUUUGGUUUGUCAACUGAAGAAGAAGAAGACGAUUCACACACAAGAGAGUAAUAAGAGAAGCUUCUUUAAGAAGAUGGAGAAGAUAGAUGAUGACUAUAGUGCCUCCACGGCGUCGUUUUCACCUAGCUUCAGCACAUACUCCGGCGAUCGACUCUCCGAGAUCGCCGCACGAGUCUGUAACGACGAUUAUAAAGAGAAAGGAAACGAAGAAUUCGAGUUCGCGAUCCUCCAAACGCCUCCUUCUUCUUCUCCCAGCGACGGUGGAGGAUUGGUCUUCCCUGUUUUCGACCAGACUCUCCUGUCCGAACACGAGGCGGUUGUGGUGACUCCGUUAAAAGAUCUACUCCUCCGCGACCGCAACGAGCCAUCAGUGGCGUACUCGUCGUCGGAGGAGGAAGAUGAUUUAGACACGAUCCCGAGCGAGAUCUACUGCCCGUGGACGCCGGCGAGAUCAGCGGCGGAGAUGUCUCCGAGCGGAGGAUGCAGAAAGAGCAAAUCGACGGGAUCGUCUUCGACGUCGUCGUCGGCGUGGUCGAAGAGAGGGUGGAGAAUCAGAGAUCUGCUCAAGAGAAGUCGCAGCGACGGGAAACAAUCACUCCACUUCUUGGAUUCGAGUAACAAUAGAAACGAACCUUCUUCAUCUUCUCCGAAGACGACGGCGAACAAGAAGGAGAAGGUUUCGGCACAUGAGAAGUUUUACUUGAGGAACAAAGCGAUCAAGGAAGAAGACAAGAAAAGAUCUUAUCUUCCGUACAAGCAAGAUCUUGUCGGACUUUUCUCCAACGUUAGCCGUUUCAGCAAAACUUUUCCUCCCUUCUAAUCUCAUCUUAUCCCUAAUAACAAAACAACAACAACAAACAAUCUCCUACUCUCUUUGGAUCUAUUCGGCAGUUUUUUUUUGUUUGUUUAUUUACUUUCUAAUAAAAAGUAUAACGAGUUCACAUUCGUAUCUAAUAAACUAUUGCUUGUAAAAGAUGUAGUAGAUGACUCUGUUUAAUAAUUACGUCUUCGAUUAUACUAUUUUUUUCCCCUGCGGUUGUGCAUAGUUAAUCAUGUUCAUACGAUGUUGUAAUUUUUAAAUAUAUUUUGGGUUCAUGAUUUGCUGUAAAUGUAGUUGCAGAUAUUGAAAAAGCGUCGAGAUUUGCAAGUUGCCACGUGUUUUUAAUCAAGUGUGCACUUCUCUGUUGAGGGAAGAAACACGAAUGUAAAUGAAUAUAGAUGGACAUCAUACAUCAAUAUAAUGACACAUGUACUACUUUAUUUCUUUAGAUUUUUUUUUUGUUUGCAAGGAAAUAGCAAUGAACCGUCUUUUCAAUGCCUGCCA